CCCUUGUCCUCUAAUUAAAGAAAGAUUUGUCAGUUAAUCACAUGAGGUUUAAUUCGGGCAGAUGAUGUCAAGGAAAAUCUCUUUUUAUUUCUGCAAUGAGGGAAGGCAGAGUUGUGAAGAAAAAUAGCCUUCCCGUCUUUGCAGAAUCACACAACGGAGGCAGACUCAAAAGAUAACUCUUCCUAUAUGUGCUGCGAGAAGAGAGUCUUUCUUAAUAUGGUUUCUUAGGAAAGGCUUCUGCCUUUUUCUUCACCUGCAGUGGCACCUAUUGUUUCAUUCUGCCUGGAUAUCAAAAAGAUCCACUAUCUUGGAAGAUGGGCUCUUUCUUCACCUUUCUUAUAAAAAGAAAUGCAUCUUCUUAUGAUGCUCCUUUAAACCCCAGUUGCCAUUUUGAGUCAAGUUGGCUGGAGAUGUGCCCAAGAGCUCAAAGGAUGCUAAGGGGCAAGGGGUCGGUCAGCUUGAAUGAACAUGUUGUGGCUUCCUUUCCAGGACCCUAUUACUGUGGAGUUGGGGCAAACAAAGUCUACGGCCGUGACAUUGUGGAGGCCCACUACAAAGCCUGCAUUUACGCCGGGGUAGAGAUCUGUGGCACCAACGCAGAGGUCAUGCCUUCUCAGUGGGAGUUCCAGAUCGGCCCUUGUGAAGGGAUCGAGAUGGGCGACCAUCUGUGGAUGGCGAGAUACAUUCUGCAUCGGGUCUGUGAAGAUUUUGGGGUGGUAGCCACCUUGGACCCCAAACCCAUGACAGGCAACUGGAACGGGGCCGGAUGCCACACCAAUGUCAGCACACUGGAAUCGAGAGGAGCCGGUGGGAUCAAGUGAGUAGAGUUCCUGUCUGGGCAGAAGCUUUUGUUCCUUGGAUGAAUUUCAGAGGAAGGGGCCAUUUGGGGUCAGGGUCUGGUACCAGGACCGCCUCCUCCCAUAUAAUCCA